AUGAAGAUCCUGUCCCUUGCUGCCCUCCUCCUCUUUUCACUCAUCUUUGUAAGUGAAGCCAAACGAAUUCCGAGAUGUGAAAUGGUUAGGAUUCUGAAAAAAGCGGGCUUGGAUCGAUAUCGUGGCUACCGACUGGAGAACUGGAUCUGUAUGGCUUAUUAUGGAAGUAAAUUCAACUCAGGAGCUGUGCAGGGCCCCAACCGCAAUGGUAGCAUGGACUAUGGGAUGUUUCAGAUCAACAGCCGUUGGUGGUGCUCCAAUGGGAAGGGCAAAACAGCUAAUGGCUGCCGCACAUCCUGCAGCAAGUUUGUGGACGACGAUAUCAGGGAUGAUAUUUUGUGUGCCAAGAGAAUUGUCCGUAACCGCAAGUGGAGGAUGAACGCCUGGUUAUCUUGGAGGAGAUACUGCAAGGGAAGAAAUCUCUCUCACUGGACGAAAGGCUGUCAACUCUCUCUUCCAUGA